AUGUCUUACGACGGGGAUACUGCAAACAGCACGGCCGAGGGUAGUGCAUCGCAGGGAAUUGGAGGUCAACAACGGCAGUUGUUGGAAUUGACGACUAAGUUUAGAGCGCUUGUCAAUGAGGCCAAGAGUGUGGGAGAAAAUACGCCCAGAGGUAAGGAAUUGCUUAUUAAAGCUUCAAAGAUUAAGGCAAUAUACGAUAAUUACAAUAGGCAGCGACAACAGGCAGCUCAGGCGUUUGUGCAGGGUCGCAAUGGUGGAACACCGGGGGCAAACCCUGCUUCAAGUGGCUCAACGGGCUCUGUUGGGGCUGUCAACGCAGCAGGGAGCUCAAGUAGUGGAUCAAGUCAGCAAAGCAGAAGCAGUGGGAGCCAAUUGGCCAAUAUUAUUAAACAAGUUCUCACUCCCGAGCAAAAUCAACAAUUCGAAGCACUAUCGCAGAAUUUUCAAGCUAGAGCCAAUAGCAUUAGGGAUAAGCACACUUUUUUGAAACAGCAUAUAGAGAGAUUAAACCAGGAAGUCAGUAAACAGACAGACGCGUCAGCGAAGAAGCAGCUAGAGGAAAAAAAGACCGAGUUGGCUAAUAAUCUGAAAAUGCUGAAUAUGGAGUAUGGUGCUUUACAACAAGAGUUUCAAAAUGGUAAGAAGAAGUUUUACGUUGAGUGCGCCAGACAUAAUCCAGCUUUGCAACGGCUUCUACAAAGAAGUACACAACAACAACGUAUGGCUCAGCAGCAGCAAGUUCAACCAUCGGAGGGUUCACCUGCGGGAGAAGCUGGAUCACCAGGUGCGGCAGGAAAUAGCGCCAAGGCUCAGCAAGGUACACCAGCUAAUAUCACUACACAAAAGCUUCCGCAGCAAAACCAGGUACGUUCGCAGUCCACUUCCUCAAACACAGGAAGUAGAGCUCAAUCUCAAGUUACAAACGUCAACGCAGCUGCUUCUAUGGCAUAUAACAAUGGAGCCAAUAAAUCAGCCAUAUUUAAACAGUCCGAUCCACUCGUGCCUAUCUCGGAAACGGUGACAGCAAAGACUCCAUCACCAGUAACAUACAAGACAAAUCGGCCGACACUAACUGGUGGUACAGCGAUGAAUGCGGCAGCCCUUAACACCCCAACAAUGACGAAACUUCCACCUUACGAGGUAGACACAGAGAGAGUCAUGUCAAAGAGAAAAUUAAGAGAACUGGUCAAGACUGUAGGUAUAGACGAAGGUGACGGAGAGACUGUAAUAGAUGGUGAUGUCGAGAGCCUGUUGCUCGAUCUCGCCGAUGAUUUCGUUAGUAAUGUUACAGGGUUUGCCUGCCGGCUGGCUAAGCACAGAAAAUCUGACAACCUCGACACUCGCGACAUACAGCUACAUCUCGAAAGAAACUGGAAUAUAAGAAUCCCUGGUUAUUCGGCCGAUGAGAUUAGAAGCACCAGGAAAUGGAAUCCAAAACCUAGUUACAACCAAAAAAUGCAGGCAAUCAACUCAGACAAAGCUACCUCCGCUAAAAACGCAUCCUCAGGCAAGUCGCUAUCACAGUCCAAAUAG